GCCUCGUAGCACAAAAUUUAGGACAGGUAGAUUGCUCCAGUAUCUUGGAGCUAUGAAUAGCGAAGCAGCUUCUGAUUAGCUUUUAUCUUGCUUCCAGUAUCCUGUUAAGACUGUUGAAAAUUUGAGCCUCUUCUAAGCAGAAUAUUCAAAUCUGCCCUUUACCCUCGUCAUCUCUCCUAAGCAGGAUCUGCUAUCAACAGUUUUUACCUUCCUUCCAGUAUCUUUCUUGUACCUAUGAACUAGCCCUUUACUCCCAUAAUCUCUUCUAAUAGGUUUCAUGUCCUCUAAAUGCAGAGGAUCUUAACACAGAUGAUGUUACUUCACCAGACACUGUAAAGAAGAGGCAACAGGCAUAUGAAAGAAGGGAUGAGUCUACUUUGGAGGAAAGCGAUGAGUCUGCUGACAAUACAAAAAACCAAGGGUGUGCAGGGGUCAUUGUGGUUGGCAAUACAAACCCAGCGAAACCACAGAUUAUCAAGGAAAAGGAUAUGAAUGAUGAUAAGUCAACUGAUUUCUCCAGGAAAGAAAGAGAGAUUGAAAAGGAAGGAUCUUUAGCGUACUAUGCGAGGUUUCAAGGGGGAGGAAAGACAGAACAUGCUGUCCAAGGCUUGGAUAAUGUGCAGAAAACACCAGUCCUUUGUGUUAAACAUAUUAGGAUUUCCUCAAUGCUCUUAGCUUCUGAAAGCCAAUUUUUCCAUAAGCUUUUUACAAACGGCAUGAUGGAGUCUAAUCAGAACAUCAUUUCACUUCAAGUGUCGGAAGAAGAGGUUGAACCGGUGCUGGAAAUAAUAAAUUUUAUUUAUAAUGGAGAAUUUAGCAAAUUGGACCCCAAGGAUUUGCUUACCACUCUACUUACAGCAGACAAGUAUGAAGUUUCUCGAGCUAUUAUUGAGUGUGGAGAAUUAUUAUUCAAAUCAGAGAUGACACUUGAGACUGCUUUGAUAUUGUGA